GAAAAAUAUUUCUUUAGGACAAAAAUUCUAACUGAGAGUACAUGUGGAUUAUAUGGCAACAUAAGAGCGCAUCCCGAGUCUCAUUUCCUCCCGCCAGACGCUCUUCACGUUCUUUUCGUGCCGAUAGAGGAAUACACUAAACAUGCCUCUAGCUAAGGAUCUUUUGCACCCUUCACCCAGUGAGGAGAAGAGGAAAUGUAAACUAAAGCGUCUUGUACAGCACCCAAACUCCUACUUUAUGGAUGUUAAGUGCCCAGGAUGUUUUAAGAUUUCAACAGUGUUUUCACAUGCCCAGACAGUAGUUGCGUGUGUUGGGUGUGCAACAGUUUUAUGCCAACCAACAGGAGGAAAGGCUAAACUUACAGAUGGAUGCUCAUUCAGGAAGAAGCAGAAUUAAAAAUGAUGUGAGAAAUUUCCCUCCCAGUGCUGCCUUUCCCCCUGUCAUUAUGUACUAAGACAGCAAUAAAGAUUUCACUGAGAGGUAAAAA